UUCAAAAAGAAGAAGGUUAUCAAUUCGUCCGUAUUUUUUUAUUAAACAACUUAUAAAUAUGUAUGUUAAUUAAUCGUUUUUAUUAAGUCCUUAAGGAUGAAAAUACUUUUUUUGAGUGCUUUGUUUUAUAUCUCCACAAAUGCUUGGCCUUUAUCCGAGGGGGAAGCGAUAAAUACUUUAUUUGAUCUACUUUUAUAUCAGAAAGUCUUGGAUCCAGAACUAUGUAAGAGGCAAAUAAGAUACAUGUCUUUAAAUAAUACUCAACUUUUAGCAAAAUUUUUAGAUGCCGGGAUUAGGAUACCCAGAGGUUUAUUUGAUGAUAACACAAUUGACUUUGGAAAUUAUCAUCAAUGUUUGGGAAUAGAUUCACCAUUUGAACAAUCGAGAAUUUUAGGAAAGUAUUGCGUAAUACAGAUUCCGUUAAUACAGAAUUUCACAAUGCCUGGUUUUUCUGGAAAGAAGUCAACACUUGAAAAUGAUUUGAUCAAACUUGGUCCUAGUGGACGGAUACUUCUAGAUAAAUAUCAUUCGAUGGUUAAAAUGUACCGACUAGUUUUUGGUACAAGUAUUUAUAAUAAAACUAGUUCAAUUUGCGGCGCAGUAUUGCAAAUGGCGGCAUGUAUACCACGAGCUUGUACCACAGACAACGCAAUAACGGCUUUACUUUUUAAUGCGAGUGCAUAUGGCUUUGAGUAUGGAGAGGAAUAUUGUCGUCUACCUAAUGAUAAACCCUGGGUUACAGUUGAUUCUGUUGCGCUGGUAGUUUUCUCCACUGUUGGUGCUCUAACAGGACUAAGCACACUUUACGAAAUGGUAUACAAAUUUGUGUUUAAUCGUAAUACUAAUACUUACUUACGAAUGUUCUCUAUAUAUUCAAACACUAAAAACUUGCUCCGCUCAUCCCAAAGUGAAGGCAACAUAAAAUGCCUUGAAGGUAUAAAAACUGUUGCCAUGAUAUGGACUGUUAUUGGUCAUUCCAUAAAUUCGGUAUCCUAUCUACAAAACCCAACAUAUUAUUAUACAUGGACUUUGUCAGCGGACUCGGCAUUGUUGUCUUCGGUGCCCAUCAAUGCUGAUACAUUCUUUAUGAUGGGAGGUCUAUUAUUAGUGUACAAUUGCGCUAAUAAAAUGGACCGAACUGCACUGAUGAAGAACUUACAUUUAUUCUACUUAAGUAGACAGCUACGUAUGUUCCCCUUGCUCGCCAUCUCAGUACUCCUCGAUGCGUCGGUAUUUCAUAAACUGGCAGAUAGCCCGCUGUAUAUAUCCUCGGCGACUGCAGUGAAUGCUAUAAGAUGCAGGGCUUACUGGUGGUCGACUCUAAUUAAUUUACAGAACUACAUUAACCCCAAAGAAAUGUGUGUCCCCCACUCUUGGUACGUUGCAAUUGACAUUCAGUUGUAUAUCCUUUCGCCUAUUGUGUUAUAUUGGGUUCUUAGUGGUAACCGACAGACCGCGUGGUCAGCGUUGAUGAUUGCCUUCGCUGUUGGGUUGACAAUAUCUGCAUGCUAUAACUUCAUUAUGCUGUUACCUGCUCACACGAUUAUACCUGCACGCAAUAACGAGUUGUGGGACUAUUUCACGCAUUACUACUUUCAUAUAAUAUCACGAAUCACUUCGUUUCUCGUUGGUAUGGUGUUCGGUUAUAUAUUGCACAUUUGGCGUGGUAAAAAAGUUGUGAUUUAUAAUAAGACAGUGCUAUCUCUAUGGGCGACAUGUUUUGGCAUAAUGCUGGGGACUGUGUACAUACUGUACUGGGUCAAGCAACCAACUUGGAAUCACGUGUUUGUGGAUGCAACAAUAAACACACUGAUGAGACCCCUUUGGUCCGCUGCUGUGGGUUGGCUUGUGUUAGCCUGCGCGCAUGGAUACGGUGGUCCAAUCGAUUGGUUCUUAUCUCUACCAGUAUGGCAACUACCUGGUCGUAUGUGUUACGGUCUUUACUUAUUCCAUUAUCCUAUAAUAUUUGUUGUCAAUGACGUCUCUAUGUCACCGCAGUAUUUUACGUUUGCGAGAAUUUUAUUCCAGUCUAUUGCUUCUAUGGUAUUGACUUUUAUAUUGUCUUUUGUUUUCACUGUACUCAUUGACGAACCAUUUAGGAUUCUGUUCAAGAUAAUUUUAGAUAAAGGUCAAAGAAAACGAAGAAAAAAACAUAUUGAAGAAUUAGAACUACUAAAACACACAGAAUAAAAGAUAUCCAUCAAAUCUUUCUUAUUCUUGUUACACUAUAUAACACAAUAAUUUAACCAAUUAUUGUGUUAUAUAGUUGAUUAGUGGGACUACUUUAGUUGUAAUUCAUUGUGAUGAUUUAUUUUUAACGGUACAAGUGCCAGUUAUUAAAAAAAAUAAGUAAACUAACAGUUGCCCCCAACUUUGUUCGCGCGAAAGUAUACAACCUAUGUCACCCGAGGAUAGUGUAGCUUCCUAACAAUAAAAUAAUUUUUCAAAUCGGUUUAGUAGUUCAACGCCUAUUCA